AUGGAUUCAGAUUCGGCGGACAAAUUACUACCAAAACAUGAAUACAUAGAAUCGGUGCACAAAUCACAAAAGUUUUUGUCGCUCAGGUUUUUCGUGUCGUUUGUGUCACUACUUGGUUGUGCUGUCAUGUAUAUGACCAGGGUCAAUAUCAAUGUGGCCAUCGUCGAUAUGGUGAUUAGUGUACCGCAAAACAGUGCCAAUGAUCCUCUCAAAAAUAUAUCAUCACUUCAUUCUGAUGAAUGUCCGGCUGAUGUUGUCAGUGAUGGCAAAGUCUCAAUUGUAGGAGUGUUUGACUGGUCUCCACCCACCCAGGGAAUUGUACUUGGUGCUUUCUAUUAUGGGUAUGUUUGGCCGCAAAUAAUAGGUGGCCGACUGUCAGAACUAUAUGGCGCCAAAUAUAUGAUCGGAACCUCAAUAUUCAUAUCGGGAUUCAUCAAUCUGUUGACGCCAUUCAUAAUUCACUGGCAUUUCUAUUUAUUCAUUGCAUCCAGAGUUGUGUUGGGAUUAGUUCAGGGCAUACUAUUCCCAUCAUUCAUGGUAUUGAUGUCCAAAUGGAUCCCACCUGAAGAGCACAGCACUUUCAUACCCUGGUUGGAUGUCGGCUGCACUGUCGGCACAAUUGUCUGCUCUGCCGGCGCCGGACAUCUCAUUGAGAACAAAGUGAUGGGCGGUUGGCCUUCAGUUUUCUACAUAUCUGGUGUUGUGGCGAUAUUAUGUGAUCACAUCGAGUCCAAGUACCCACUCUUGGAUAACAGACAGUGA